AUGGCGAAGAAAAAGCCUCUACCGAAUUUGUCUAAAGAGGAGAAAAUGGUGAUGGUAAUAUCAGAGAUAAUACAAGAAUUACUUGUUGCACAUCGUCAAGGGAAAGAUGUUAACCUCAACAAAAUGAAGACGAGAAUUUCUUCUAAAUAUGGUCUCGGGACAUCGCCUAGGCUUGUGGACAUUAUAGCAGCCGUUCCAGCUGAUGCCAAAAGUAUACUCUUACCAAAGUUGAAAGCGAAACCAAUACGCACAGCUUCUGGAAUAGCAGUGGUCGCUGUAAUGUGUAAGCCUCAUAGAUGUCCGCACAUUAAUUUCACCGGGAAUAUAUGCGUGUAUUGCCCUGGCGGCCCUGACUCGGACUUUGAGUAUUCUACUCAGAGUUAUACUGGUUAUGAACCAACUUCAAUGAGGGCUAUAAGAGCUAGAUACAAUCCUUACUUGCAAACACGGCAUAGAGUGGAACAGUUGAAGCAAUUGGGGCAUAGUGUUGAUAAAGUUGAGUUUAUUGUUAUGGGAGGUACAUUUAUGAGUCUUCCUGAAGAUUAUCGAGACUAUUUUAUAAGGAAUCUCCAUGAUGCCCUAUCUGGCCAUACUUCUACUUGUGUAGCUGAAGCUGUUAAAUACUCUGAGAAGGCCAAGACCAAGUGCAUAGGAAUCACAAUAGAGACAAGACCCGACUAUUGUCUUCAGAGACAUAUGAGUGAUAUGCUUAAUUAUGGAUGCACAAGAUUGGAAAUUGGUGUGCAGUCAGUUUAUGAGGAUAUUGCUCGUGAUACAAAUAGAGGACAUACUGUUAAAGCUGUCUGUGAAAAUUUUAACUUGGCCAAAGAUGCUGGUUUUAAGAUUGUUGCUCACAUGAUGCCAGAUCUCCCAAAUGUUGACUUUGAGCGUGAUGUUGAACAAUUUAAGGAGUUCUUUGAGAACCCAGCCUUUAGAGCUGAUGGAUUGAAAAUCUAUCCAACUUUAGUAAUACGAGGCACUGGCUUGUAUGAACUGUGGAAGACUGGUAGAUACAGAAGUUACCCCCCAUCAACCUUGGUUGAUCUGAUAGCUAAGAUAUUGGCGCUUGUUCCACCAUGGACUAGAGUGUACAGGGUUCAACGUGAUAUCCCAAUGCCUUUAGUUUCAUCAGGAGUGGAACAUGGCAACCUUCGAGAGUUGGCACUUGCUCGUAUGGCCGACUUGGGUACAGAUUGUAGGGAUGUCAGGACUAGAGAGGUGGGCAUACAAGAGAUACACAAUAAAGUGAGACCCUAUGAGAUAGAGCUAAUAAGACGGGACUAUGUGGCGAAUGGUGGCUGGGAAACAUUCCUUUCUUAUGAAGACCCAGAUCAGGAUAUACUUGUUGGUUUAUUGAGAUUGAGGAAGUGUGCUGCAGAUACAUACCGGCCGGAAUUGAAGCCUGGACCAAAAGCCAAUUUUAAACAAUGCAGUAUUGUGAGGGAGCUACAUGUGUAUGGAUCUGUAGUACCGGUAAAUGCCCGUGAUCCUACAAAAUUCCAACAUCAAGGGUUUGGAAUGCUUUUGAUGGAGGAAGCAGAACGCAUUGCUCGCGAGGAACACGGCUCUGAUAAGAUCGCUGUUAUAUCUGGAGUUGGUACUAGAAACUAUUAUGCGAAAAUUGGUUACCAUUUGGAAGGGCCAUAUAUGGUCAAAAUGCUUGUAUAA